CGCUAUAUGCGAAAACGUCGCCGCCAGAAAUCCUGUCCUCUACCAACACCGUACAAUGUCAAGUCAAGUAACGUAUCAAUCCACCCGUGGUGGUUCCUCCAAUUUCUCCUUUGAGGAUGCUGUCUUGAAGGGUUUGGCCAACGAUGGCGGUUUGUUCAUUCCCUCUGAGAUUCCCAAGCUCCCCGAAGGUUGGAAGGAGAAAUGGAGCAGCUUGAGUUUUCCCGAGCUUGCUUACGAGAUCAUGUCUCUUUACAUUCCUCGCAGCGAGAUUUCUGCUGAAGAGUUGAAGGACUUGGCCGCUCGUUCUUACGCUACCUUCCGUCACCCCGAGACUACUCCCUUGAAGAAGUUGAACAACGGAAUCAACGUUCUUGAAUUGUUCCACGGUCCUACUUUUGCCUUCAAGGAUGUUGCCUUGCAAUUCCUCGGCAACCUGUUCGAGUUCUUCCUCACCCGUAAGAAUGGUGACAAGCCUGAGGAGGAGCGUGAUCACUUGACUGUUGUUGGUGCUACUAGUGGAGACACUGGCAGUGCUGCCAUUUACGGUCUCCGUGGCAAGAAGGAUGUUUCUGUCUUUAUUUUGUUCCCCGAGGGUCGUGUCUCUCCUGUUCAAGAGGCUCAAAUGACCACUGUCACUGAUCCUAACGUUCACUGUGUCACCGUUGCUGGUGUCUUUGACGAUUGCCAAGACUUGGUUAAGCAAGUCUUCGGUGAUGCUGAGUUCAACCGCAAGCACCACGUUGGUGCCGUGAACAGCAUCAACUGGGCCCGUAUUUUGGCUCAGAUCACCUACUACUUCUACGCUUACCUCUCUCUUUACAAGCAAAACAAGGACGUUAAGGUCCGUUUCGUUGUUCCUACUGGUAACUUUGGUGACAUCUUGGCCGGUUACUACGCUAAGGAAAUGGGCUUGCCCACUGAAAAGUUGGUGAUUGCCACUAACGAAAACGAUAUUCUUGACCGUUUCUUCCACACUGGUCGCUACGAGAAGGCCGAUACCAGCAAGGGUCCCGUCACCGGUCCCGUGUGCGCUAAGGAGACUUACUCUCCUGCUAUGGACAUUCUCGUUUCUUCCAACUUUGAACGUUAUCUCUGGUAUUUGGCCCGUCAACAAGUUGCUCCUAACCACACUGACUCCGAGGCCUGCGAGAUUUUGGCUAAGUGGAUGAACGAGUUUAAGACCAACGGUAGUGUCGCCGUUCGUCCUGAAGUUUUGGAUGCUGCUCGUAAAGACUUUGUCAGUGAGCGUGUCGACAAUGAGACCACCAUCGCCACUAUCAAGAAGGUUUACGAGACUGACAAGUACGUCUUGGACCCUCACACCGCCGUUGGUGUUGAAGCUACGACUCGUCGUAUGAAGGAGGCCGGUGCCGAAGGCACCACUUUUGUGUCUUUGUCCACUGCCCAUCCUGCCAAAUUUGACGCUGCCGUCAACUUGGCUCUUUCCUCUUUUGAGGGUUACAACUUUGAGACACAAGUUAUGCCCCGUGAGUUCCAUGGUUUGAAGGAUGCUGAGCGUCGUGUCAUUUUCUCUGGUGCUCCCAGAAUUGAAGUUAUCAAGCAGAUUGUUGAGAUUAACUUGGAGCGUGAAAAGAAGAUGACUGUUUAAGCACAAGAAAAUUCCCCAUUGCUUUUUACAAGCUAAGAACUGUAACAACCACAUAGAAAUUUUUUUGACACAAUCAAUACAUGUUUUUUGAAUGAGCA